AUGUAUCGAGGCUUGGGUACAAUUGAACAAGAAUUCCAAACAGAAGUAAUAAUUGAAGAAGGAGAUAUUGAUGUAGUGCUAGAGGAACCUUCAAGUAAUUCGAAAUCAAAAUUAAACGAAAAUCGAGGAACUACCAAUAAACAACAAAUUUCAUGUGAUCUUUGUGAUAAAAUAUUUAAGCAUAAAGGCAAUCUAGUUCGACAUAUGCGAAUUCAUACCGGUGAAAAACCUUAUUCAUGUGAUGUUUGUGAUAAAGUUUAUGCGAGAAAGAGCCAUUUAGUUCGGCAUCAACAAACUCAUACUGGUAUUAAACCAUUUUUGUGUGAUAUUUGUAAUAAAGCAUUCACUAGAAAUGACCAUUUAUUUAAACACAGAUUAACUCAUAUCGGUAUAAAACCAUUUUCAUGUGAAGUUUGUGAUAAACAGUUUACUCGAAAAGAUCACUUAGUUAAUCAUGAGCGUAUCCACACUGGUGAUAAACCCUUUUUAUGUAGUAUUUGUAAUAAAACAUUUACUCGAAAUGAACAUUUAAUUGUACAUAAACGUAUUCACGAUGACGAAAAACCAUUUUCUUGUGAGUUUUGUGAUAAAGCAUUUAACUAUCAAAAAAGUUUAAUUGAACAUACGAGAAUUCAUACGGGAGAAAAACCCUAUGAAUGUGAUUUUUGUGAUAAAAGUUUUGGCAGACAAAGCCACUUAGUUCGGCAUGAACGAACUCAUACUGGUGAAAAACCAUUUUCAUGUUAUCCUUGUAAUAUAUCAUUUAAGCGACAUGAACAAUUAGUUAAACAUGAAAGUUCUCAUAGUUUCGAUCCUUUUGUGGUGUAA